GCUGCACCCAUCCCGAUCCCCACUUGUGGCCACGCCCAAGCGCGCCGCCUUCGCCCUCCGCCUCCCUCUUCCGAUUCCGCGAUGAUAACCCACCACCCCUCCCUUCUCCGCCCACCCCUCCUCGCCCUCCCGGCCGGCAUCCGCCGCCGCCCCACUCCGCCCGCAUUCCUACCCACCACCGCCUACGCUCCCCGUCCUCGUUCUCCUGCGCCGCUCCAUCGCCUGCGGCCUCUGCGCGCCGCCGCCGGUGGAGCCUCGCCGGUGGGUGGCGAUGGAGGCAAACGCGAGGCGCCGCCUCCCGUGCUGAGGGCCGCGAUGCUCGGCUUCGCGCGGAGCAACUUCCUCCCACUCGCUCUGAUUGGUGGGAUCAUAUUGGGUCUCCUAGAUCCUACUCUUGGAUGCCUUGCUCACAAAUACUCCCUGUCGAAGUACAGCACUUUUGGGAUAUUUGUGAUCUCAGGACUGACCCUACGAACCAAGGAGCUUGGUGCAGCGUUAGAAGCUUGGCCGGCUGGACUAUUUGGACUAGGCUCUAUUUUGCUGUUUACACCAUUUCUUGCUCAGUUUAUUAUGCAAGUUCAGUUCUUCCCUCGUGAAUUUAUCACUGGUUUAGCUAUGUUUUGCUGCAUGCCAACAACAUUAUCAAGUGGAGUCACACUAACACAACUUGUUGGCGGUAACUCUGCACUUGCUCUUGCAAUGACAGUUGUAUCCAAUUUACUUGGCAUUAUCAUUGUACCUCUUUCUCUUUCAAAGUACAUUGGUGCUGGAGCUGGGGUGUCUUUGCCUACUGAGCAAUUAUUCAAAAGUCUGGUCACCAGCCUUCUAAUCCCCCUUAUUAUAGGGAAGGUUGCUCGAGAAACCUCAAAAGGUAUUGCUGAUUUUGUUGAUGGAAAUCGGCAAGGCUUUUCGGUUGCAAGUGGUUUUCUACUCAGCCUAGUCCCAUGGAUUCAAGUCAGUAGAUCAAGAUCGCUGAUCUUGUCUGUUCAACUAAAAGCUUUUGCUGUUGCCGUUGUUGUUGGAGUGCUUCUACAUCUUGCUCUGCUGGCUUUCAAUGCUGCAAUGUUGCAGAUCUUGUCACAUCUUGACCAGAAAGGAGAGUCAGUCUUUGCGAGGAAAGAGUAUGCACGAGCUGCCAUUUUGGUGGCCAGUCAGAAAACAUUGCCAGUGUUGGUUGCUGUGGUUGAGCAGCUUGGAGGAGCCCUCGGGGAGUCUGGAUUUCUGGUGAUCCCUUGUGUCGCUGCACACAUUAACCAGAUCAUUAUCGAUUCUGUCAUAGUAAAUUGGUGGCGCCAGAGAGAUCAACAACUUUCUAAUGCAAACUAACUCCAGAAUUCAAUUUUGGCGUGUAAAACAGAGGAUUAGUCAGGAAUUCAAUGUUUAUCAAGUGACACUAAUGUAAAAUGAGGUUACAUAUUCAGUUGUUUGGAAGGAAGCAGUCAUAUUGGGAUGAUUUUAUGCAUCACUGAUAUUCUGUCU